AUGGAGAGAAAAUUAAAGAUUGCCAUCAUUCAUCCAGAUCUUGGUAUAGGCGGAGCUGAAAGGUUAAUAGUUGAUGCUGCUGUUGAACUUGUCUCCCAUGGCCACAAUGUUCAUAUUUUUACAGCUCAUCAUGAUAAAAACCGGUGCUUCGAAGAAACCGUGGCUGGUACCUUUCCGGUUACUGUUUAUGGUUCUUUCCUACCCCGACAUAUAUUCUAUCGUCUUCAUGCCGUAUGUGCAUAUUUGCGGUGUGUUUUUGUUGCCCUUUGCGUGUUAUUCCUGUGGCCGUCAUUUGAUGUUAUAUUAGCAGACCAGGUCUCUGUUUUCAUCCCACUGUUGAGACUUAAAAAAUCAAUGAAGGUGGUUUUUUACUGUCAUUUUCCUGAUUUGUUGCUGGCUGAGCAUACAACUGUUCUCCAGAGGCUAUAUAGGAAACCCAUUGAUUUCAUAGAAGAAAUUACAACUGGCAUGUCAGAUAUGAUACUUGUGAAUAGUAAAUUCACUGCAUCUAUGUUCGCGAAUACAUUCAAGCAUCUUCAUGCGCGAGGAAUCCAACCUGCUAUUCUUUACCCUGCUGUUAAUGUGGAUCAAUUUGAUGUACCUCAUUCUUAUAAGCUGAAUUUUCUCUCGAUAAAUCGCUUUGAAAGGAAAAAGAACAUAGAGUUGGCAGUCUCUGCCUUUGCCAGACUUCAUACACUUGAGGAACAUGCCCUUCAAAGUCAAAAUCUAACUGAAGCUACGUUAACCAUUGCAGGUGGAUAUGAUAAUCGACUGCGAGAGAAUGUUGAAUACCUGGAGGAACUUAAAUGCCUGGCAGAAAGGGAAGGAGUCUCUCAACGGGUAAACUUCAUUACGUCCUGCUCAACAGCUGAAAGAAAUAAACUUCUUUCACAGUGCCUGUGUGUCAUUUAUACUCCUAAGGAUGAACACUUUGGCAUCGUUCCUUUGGAGGCAAUGGCAGCUCAUAAGCCUGUGAUUGCAUGCAAUAGUGGCGGCCCUGUGGAGACUGUUAAGGAUGGAGAAACCGGAUUUCUUUGUGACCCUACCCCUGAAGAGUUCUCUUUGGCAAUGGCUAAACUCAUUCAGGAUCCCCAGAUUGCAAGCAGAAUGGGUGGAGAGGCCCGGAAGCAUGUUGCUGAGUCAUUCUCUACUAAAAUUUUUGGCCAGCGUUUGAAUCAAUAUCUAAUAAGCAUUACUGGCAGUAAAGAAGAUUGA